AUGGCUGUGAAUGUGAACCCCCCAACUCAAGUGGAGGUAGUGGUGCCAGACAAUGAGAAAGCAUUCGAGAAUCAAAAUCGAACAGAAAAACCAGACGCCAAUGAUGCUGUUCCUCAAACACGGCCCUCUAUAUGGCGCAAGCUGAACCCUCUACGACUGCAGAAAAUACCCCCCGUCCCACAAGAGAGACAAGUAACCAAGGAAUAUGGCGCCAAUAUCUUUAGCCAUAUAUUCUUCGAGUGGAUGACGCCCUUCAUGAAGGUUGGUUAUCUCCGACCACUAGAACCACAAGAUAUCUGGACCGUCAACCCGAAAAGAGCAGUGGAGAUCUUGUCAGACAACCUAGACGUAGCUUUCAAGAAGCGGAUUGAACGGGGAAGCAAGCGGCCACUCGCAUGGGCCCUGUUCGACAGCUUGAGAACCGAUCUAAUCAUUGGCGGCGUGUGCCAGCUUGUCGGCAUGCUAUGUCUCGUCCUAUCGCCAUAUCUGGUCAGGCAUCUGAUCGCAUUUUCAACCGAAGCAUAUGCGGCUCACAUCACUGGGAAACCCGGACCGUCAAUUGGACCGGGCCUCGGGUAUGCCUUUGGCCUCUACGCGAUGCAAGUGUUACAGAGUCUCACCAUGAACCAAGCCCUGUAUCGAGGCAUGCUUGUUGGAGGUAUGGCCAAAGCGGCCCUUACCUCGAAGAUAUUUCUGAAAGCCAUGAAAUUGUCGAACCGUGCGAAAGCCGGAGGAAAGGCUCUCAAGAGCGCCGAGGACAAAGAGGAUGCAUCCCAAGCAACCAAAAAAACAUCUAAAAAGGGUGCGGGAACUGCUCAAGGCGAGACGCCUGGCUGGAGCAAUGGACGCAUCACGACCUUGAUGGGUGUGGAUGUGGAUCGCAUCGACAGAGCCUGCGGCAUGCUUCAUCUUCUCUGGUGCUCGCCUAUCGGCCUCAUUGUCGCGUUGGUCAUUCUGAUAAUCAAUAUUGGCUACAGCGCCCUUGCUGGAUACGCACUCCUUGUUCUCGGCAUGCUCGUACUCACCUGGGCGAUGGGUCUCCUCGUGCGCUUCCGUAAAGCCAUCAACAAAAUCACCGAUCAGAGGGUCACCUUGACGCAGGAAAUAUUGUAUAGCGUUAGGUUUGUGAAAUUCUUCGGCUGGGAAAGUAGUUUCCUGCAACGACUCGAGGCAGUCCGAAGGCGCGAGGUAGACUCAAUCAAGAAACUCUUGUUCGUCCGACACGCCGUUGUAGUGUGUUUGGUCUCGUUGCCCACCUUUGCAUCGCUGCUAUCUUUCGUCACGUACGCAUUGUCCAAGCAUGGCAUGUCCCCGGAUCGCAUCUUUGCGUCUUUGGCAUUAUUCAACGUCCUGCGUAUGCCACUCACGAUGCUCAAUAUGACGAUCACGCAAGCCACCGAUGCCUGGACGGCUAUCACCCGAAUCCAGGAGUUUCUUUUGGCCGAGGAAAAGUCGGACCCUAUCGAAUGGGAUAUGGGUCUAGAUAAGGCCAUCGAGGUUGAACGUGCGUCAUUCACCUGGGAGCAGGUGCAAACCGCCAAGGGAGAUGAAAAGAAAGAAGUGAAGCCGAAGGGGUUUCAGUCGUCGAAGGUAGCGCCCAGCAGUACUCCGGACACUACCAGUGACAUGACAGAACAAGAGCCCUUCAAGCUUCGGGAUAUCGACUUUGAUGUCGGCCGCAAUGAACUACUGGCUGUGAUAGGAACGGUCGGCAGUGGCAAAAGCUCAUUACUGGGGGCUUUGGCAGGCGACAUGCGAUUGACUGCGGGCAAGGUCCGCAUGGGUGCAACUCGAUCAUUCUGUCCACAGUACGCCUGGAUACAGAAUGUUUCGGUGCGGGAGAACAUCCUGUUUGGUAGCGAGUAUGACGAAAAUUUCUAUGACAGUGUGAUUGAUGCCUGUGCCCUGCGAUCUGACCUGGAAAUUUUCCCCAACGGGGAUGAGACGGAGAUCGGGGAACGGGGUAUCACCGUUUCAGGGGGCCAAAAGCAGCGGAUCAAUAUCGCCAGAGCCGUUUACUCACGGGCGGACAUCGUCCUGAUGGACGAUCCAUUGUCCGCGGUCGAUGCCCAUGUGGGGCGUCAUAUUAUGGAUAGGGCCAUCUGCGGCCUGCUGAAGGAUAGAUGCCGGGUACUGGCGACCCAUCAGCUUCACGUACUGAGCCGGUGUGAUCGGAUCAUUGUCAUGAAGGAAGGCGCUAUCGACGCAAUUGAUACGUUUGACAAUCUCAUGCGAGAUAAUGAGCAAUUCAGAGAUCUGAUGUCGAGCACUUCGCAGCAAGAAAAAUCAGAGGAUCCUGUCGAUGGCCAGGAUGGUGGCGAAGCGCAGCCGACAGAGCCGGCUCAGGGCCAGGCCAAGAAGGCCAAACCAGCUGCCGCCUUGAUGUCCAAAGAAGAGAGGGCAACAGGAUCAGUGGGGUGGAAGGUGUGGAAAGCGUACAUAUCCGCUACUGGAUCGUUCUUGAUCAACUGCGGUGCUUUUCUGGUGCUGUUGGCAUGCCUCAACUGCGGCCUCAUCAUGACUGGAUUGUGGGUAUCGUACUGGACGUCCAACAAGUUUCCGGCCCUAUCCACAGGUCAGUAUAUGGGGAUCUACGCCGGGAUCUGUUCGGGACAGACUCUGGCCCUCUACUUAUUUGCUCUCCAUGUGACGAUUGCCGCAACCUACGCGAGUAAAGCCAUGCUACAGCGGGCGAUGUACCGAGUCUUGCGCGCACCAAUGUCCUUCUUCGACACGACGCCUCUAGGACGAAUCACCAAUCGGUUUUCAAAAGAUGUCCAGGUGAUGGACAGCGAUCUUGGAGAUUCCAUCCGCAUGUUCGCUUUCACGUUCACGCAGAUCCUCUGCACCAUGGGACUGAUCAUCGCUUUUUACCACUACUUUGCCAUUGCCCUGGGUCCUCUCUUCAUUCUUUUCCUCCUUGCCGCAACAUACUACAGGGCAUCUGCGCGGAACCUCAAGCGGCAUGAUUCAGUACUCCGCUCGACGGUGUUUGCCCGUUUCGGCGAAGCCAUCAACGGGGUCGCCAGUAUCCAAGCAUAUAAAAUGGAAGGGUACUUCCAGCGCAACCUUCAUGAAAGCAUCAACUCUAUGAACGGCGCAUAUUUCUUGACCUUUUCCAACCAGCGGUGGCUCUCGAUCCGCCUUGAUGCGAUCGGCAGUCUUUUGAUCCUGGUGGUUGGGAUUCUGGUUGUAACCUCUCGCUUCAACGUUGGUCCUAGUGUAUCUGGUUUAGUCCUUUCGUACGUCCUGAACAUCACGCUGAGUCUGCAAUUCACCAUUCGGCAAUUCGCCGAGGUCGGAAACAACAUGAACUCCGCCGAGCGGAUUCACUACUACGGCACCGAUCUGGAUGAGGAGCCUCCUCUCCACUUGGCCGACGUGCCGCCAAGCUGGCCGGAGAAGGGCAGAAUUACCUUUUCCGACGUACAAAUGCGGUACCGCGACGGACUGCCACUGGUGCUCAAGGGCCUCACGAUGGACGUGCACGGCGGUGAACGCAUCGGGAUCGUCGGGCGCACAGGCGCCGGCAAAUCCAGCAUCAUGUCGGCGCUAUUCCGCCUCACUGAGCUGUCCGGCGGCAGCAUCAAGAUCGACGAUGUCGAUAUCGCCACGGUGGGGCUCCUCGACCUGCGUACGCGCCUCGCCAUCAUCCCACAGGACCCGACGCUCUUCCGUGGCACGAUCCGCUCGAAUCUGGACCCGUUCAACGAGCACACGGACCUGGAGCUCUGGGCCGCGCUCCGAAAAGCGCACCUUGUCGGCCAGGAGGUGCCGGCGCAGGAGGACGACGACUCGCCUGACGGCACCCUCACCCCGCCCUCGGUGAACGAAAAACAACACGCACCGCAGCGCCUUCACCUCGAUACCACCGUCGAAGAGGAAGGGCUGAACUUCUCCCUGGGUCAGCGGCAGCUGAUGGCGCUCGCGCGCGCGCUGGUGCGCGACGCACGCAUCAUCGUCUGCGACGAGGCGACCUCGUCCGUCGACUUCGAGACGGAUCAGAAGGUGCAGGAGACGAUGACGCAGGGAUUCCGCGGGAAGACGCUGCUGUGCAUUGCGCACCGGCUGCGCACGAUCAUCCACUAUGACCGCAUCUGCGUGAUGGACCAGGGGCGGAUUGCGGAGCUGGGGACGCCGCUGGCGCUGUGGGGGAAGCCGGGGGGGAUCUUCCGCAGUAUGUGUGACCAGAGCGGGAUUACGAGGGAGGACUUCCAGGCUGUUUAUACUUGA